AUGGGCCGUGGACCUAAGAAGCACCAGAAGCGCCUUAGCGCGCCCAAGCACUGGCUCCUGGACAAGAUGUCCGGAACCUAUGCUCCCAAGGCCUCCCCCGGUCCUCACAAGCUCCGGGACUGCCUGCCCCUGAUCGUCUUCAUCCGCAACCGUCUCAAGUACGCUCUUAACGGCCGCGAGACCAAGGCGAUCGUCAUGCAGCGCCUGAUCAAGGUCGACGGCAAGGUCCGCACUGACCAGACCUACCCCACCGGCUUUAUGGACGUCAUUGGCAUCGAGAAGACCGGCGAGAACUUCCGCCUGAUCUACGACACCAAGGGUCGCUUCACCGUCCACCGUAUCCAGGCCGAGGAGGCUGAGUACAAGCUCUGCAAGGUCAAGAAGGUGCAGCUCGGCAAGGGCGGGAUCCCAUUCUUGGUUACGCACGAUGCGAGAACCAUCCGCUACCCCGACCCUUCCAUCCGGGUCAACGACACCGUCAAGAUCGACAUUGCCACUGGCAAGAUCUCCGACUUUGUCAAGUUCGACACCGGUGUGAUCUGCAUGGUCACCGGUGGUCGUAACAUGGGUCGUGUCGGUGUCAUCACCCACCGUGAGCGUCACGACGGAGGUUUCAACAUCGUCCACAUCAAGGACGCCAUUGACAACUCCUUCGCUACCCGUGAGUCCAACGUCUUCGUCAUCGGACAGGACAAGCCCUGGAUCUCCCUCCCCAAGGGCAAGGGUGUCAAGCUCUCCAUUGCUGAGGAGCGUGACCGCCGCCGUGCCGUCCAGAUCGCCCAGUAA